GGCGGCUGUUUAGUGUUUAGAAAUCUUGUUAAAACAUUUGUGACGUCUUCCAUACAGUGUCAACAUGAUGACGUCAGCUACAUUACUGCUUGCUCUCCUGGGGAUGUUUCUGUCAACCUGUCACUCCCAAGAUUCGAACCCCGGCACCAACCGACUCUUUGAGCUGCUGAUGAAGUCUGACGACAUCCAGCGUCAGAACCAGCCGUUACCACAGCAACCGUCCCAGGCGAUGCCAGUCUACCAGCAGGAGGACAGGCAGUACCAACAGCAACUACAACAGCCGCAGUGGCCCCAACAGCCGCAGUGGCCCCAACAGCAGCAGUUCCAGCCACAACAACGACAGCAGUUCGCGGGUUGGCCACAGCAACAGCCGCAGUACCCACAGAUGGGCAGACAGAGAAGCUCAGCAUCUCAACAUCCCAACUGGUUGAUGAAUUACCUCAUGUUCGACAACCUGUAAUCGUAUUCACAUCAAUCAUACUCGAUUACCUGUAAUCGUAUUCACAUCAAUCAUACUCGACUACCUGUAAACGUAUUCACAUCAAUCAUACUCGAUUACCUGUAGUCGUAUUCACAUCAAUCAUACUCGAUUACCUGUUAUCGUAUUCAAAUCAAUCAUACUCGAUUACCUGUAAUCGUAUUCACAUUAAUUAUACUUGACUACCUGUAAACGUAUUCACAUAAAUCAUACUCGACUACAUGUAAACGUAUUCACAUCAAUCAUACUCGAUUACCUGUACUUUUCAUCAAUGAACUCAUACAUUCACCUGUAAAUGUACACACUCUCUAUUCUUGCUAAAUGUUGACUUGAAUGAGUUCUCAAUUUGACUGCGCAUGCUCAGUUGUAAAUAGUUUGUGGGGAAAAUACAAGCAAGUGGCAAUAUUUGCAUUUUAUCUUAUACCACAUCAGAAUCUUAAAUAAAACAGUUUGAUUUAUCUCUAUAUUUACCAUCAACCCAGUCUCUUCUCUUUGUAAACGAAUCAAACAAAUGCCUUCAUUAUUUUAGCAUGUCUUUAGAAAUCUAGAUCUAAAUUCCGUAAUUUAGACGAUAAUGGCUAAGUAGUCCAUCCAGCUGAUGACGCAAGUGUGUAGUGUGUAACGAGUGCUCUCUGGUGUGUUUGACACACCUGCGGCUGUAGAGCCAGACAUAUAAGACAUAAGACAACAUAUUUUGCUGCAGGGUAUAGAUAAUACAUUGUUUAAAUAAUUGUAUCUAAAUAAAAUACUUUAAGUAAACGACAUGUAUAUGUUCGACAAUAACGUGUUAAAUGUAUGAGUAUUUAUUAAGAUUGCAUUACAAUAUUUCUAGUCAAACGAGUUCAGGCAUAAUUCAAUGAACAGCAGAUGGUUCAUACCUCUUUCCGAUGAAAAGAAAAAAAAUUGAAGUGUGAAUUUGUAAACUUGAAAAAUAUAAAUUAAAAAAAAAAAUUCUUUUUUCAUCUU